AUGGAGAAGUUUGAGAUGAUGGUAGCACCGUUAAGGAGGGAGGAAAGAGUCAUAAAAAAAAAAGGAAGCACGUGGAGGGACACAUGUGGGACUCUUAGGAUCAAGUAUCCUGGAGACUUUGGUGGGUCUAAGGAGGGUGACAAGUUCAAAUACUUGAGCUUGAGGUUGUGUGAGGAUAGUAGUGAGGAAAAAGGAGAAAAUGAACUGGUAAAUGAACCCAAGAGUGAAGAGGAAGAGGUGGGAGAAAUGAAGACACUGAAAUUGUCAUUGCAGAGCCAGGCUGGAUUCACUUUUAACAAAUCCGUUAAAGUGUGGGUGCAAAUAGGAGACAGACAAGUAGUAACCUUAAUUGAUUCGGGAGCUACUAGCAACUUCAUAGCUUCAAAAUUGGUGGAGUUGAGAUUAAAGGUAGUGGACACUCCUGCCUAUGUAAUUAAGCAACAUUUUUUCAUUACGGAGUUAGGUGGGUCUGAGAUGGUGCUGGGCAUGGACUGGCUAGCCAGCCUUGGAAAUAUUGAACCUAACUUUGGAAAUCUAUGUCUGAGGUGGGGAAUAGAGGGCAAGAAGCACCUCAAUCAAGGUUUGAGGUUCUUUGUGCAGGACAUUAGGGAAAGCCAGACUGAUGAGUAUAGAACAGAGCAGGUGAGGGAGUGGGAUGAGCUGCUAAAGGAGUUUAGGGAUGUGUUCAACAUGCCUUCAGGACUACCUCCUAUGAGGGACCAUGAUCGUGCCAUUCUAUUGAAACCUUGA